UUACAAAGAUUCAGAAGCAUGGAUGGCUGUUUACUAUACUCUUUAAACCAUGCACUAAAAGCUUUGCUUUCGCACAACAACAACCAACUUUCUUAUUAGACAAACUUGAACCCGACCAAAGUAUAUGUACCAAUGUUGCCGAUACCAUAGUCCACAUUACAUAUUGGAUUCGAUUUGUUGGCAGCCGUUUUUAACACGAAAUGAAAUCAAAGCUUUAUCGGAAAGCUUCAUCAUAUAUUCACAAUAUUCUUGAAAAUUCAUAGCUUCACUGUGUCACUAUUGUCGUAAUAAACAAAUACGCAAAAUGAUUAACAUUUGUUGCGGGAGAUCAUUAACGGAUGUUCUCAAGUCCUUUGCUAUUAUGGAUUUGUUCUUUGACAACAUCCAAGUUGCAGUGGUUUUCACAUCUUACGCUUUCCCAAAUUGGCUACCCGAGUCGUAUUACACAACGACGAAAGUGUACAGUCUGCAGCAUACAUUUGAGAAUUCGACCGUUCCCCUGAUCCACAAACCCCAGGAAGAUCCUAGUGACCCUCCGGAAGGCGAAUCUCAUUUCAUAUUGUUCUUGACCGCAAUCGGACUAUUCUUAUGUCUAACCAUCACGAUCUCCUUGUUUUACUGGCUUUGGACUGGAGCAAGAGAACUGAAUUUACCAAAAUGUCAGAGAUGGCUGUGUGUGAGGAUUGUGUUUCUGUCCUUUUUGGUCCUCGUUUCAAUCUACAAGCUAUCCAGCCAAAAUUAUUACGGAUUUGACGGAAUGUUAGACGUGCUGAAGAUAUACAGCGUGUACGAAAUCUUAAUGGUAAAGAAAUUUAUUGACAACCAUACUCCGGACAUUCCAAUUCUGCCGAAAUAAAUGUUUAAUAGGCUCACCUAUGUUUUCAAAAUGAUUUUCUCGUCCGGUUCAGUUUCAGAGCUUUAUAUUUGUUAUUUAUAGGCAUAAAUGCUAGUUUAAAUUAAAGGUCCAAUUUUACUCGAGAAUAAUAUUCAGUUUCUCUGAUAUAUAUUUUUACUUCAAAAGGCAACUAAAUCUAAAAGACUGGUAAACUAUAUUGUGAAUUUUAAUCCAAUGUACUCUGAACUUAGAUAUUUAUUAUUAGUAUCAUAUAUACAUUUAUAUAUUUAUUAAACCAUCAUAUUUACAGCAAUAAAUUCAAUUGUUUUAUAAACCUA